AGAGUCGCUCACGAACUUUACAUCGGCAAUCAUCCAACAGUGAUCUCUAUGAAACACUAAUACAUGAAUAUAUGACAAACAUUCUCACACACACACACACACACAGACAAAUACAUAAAAAGACAAAACAACAAUAACGUUUAUUGUGAAUAGAGUGAACAUUUAUUUUUUUUUGUUCUUUACAACAUCAGUGACACCAACAAAAACAAUCAACAUGCGUUUUCUGAUUCUCGUGACACUGGUGGGCCUGUCACAGGCGCAGGACCUGUACUUCAGAGAGCCGGAGAAAAUAGUGAGCGAGUCACGUGACCUGGGCGACACAAGGGGCAAUUACGCCUUCACCUACGAGACGGAGGGGGGGAUUCUGCAGAGGGAGCAGGGCAGUCGAAAAUACGAGGGCACGAGCGACGAGACGCAAUUAAUUCAGGGCUCAGUGCAGUACAAUGCGCCCGAUGGAACGCCAAUUGCCAUAAGUUGGACAGCGGACGAGUUCGGUGCGCAGGUCUCCGGCACGCAUGUGCCAACACCCCCACCAAUUCCCCCAGCGAUCCAGCGCGCUCUCGAUUGGCUCGCCAAGCAGCCCUCCACCACCGAGCAGCCCGAGGACGCCGUCGAGUAUAAAAAGCCAUCGGCCAUUGAGAAGAAGCCAGUCUUGUUGAAGCAGCAGUAUCGACCACCACAGGCCAGAAGAAAUUGAAGUCACUCAUUAAAUAUCAUUAUUUAUUAGAUCUGAUUUUCUUUUAGUUCGAUUAUUUUCUUUUUCUCUUUCCCUCCCACUUUCACUUCUUUUACCAUUUACUGCGCAGUUUUUCAGUAUUUUUGUACAUUUAGUUUAGAGGAAAAAAAAAAAAUGUAAAAAUUGUCUCAUAUGUUACACUUUUAGAUAAUUAAGAAAGAAAAACAAAAAAAAAGUCAAAUUUGUUUAUUGAAAUAAAUUUUAAAUAUUUUUUA